GGGUCAGCGCACGCGGGUGAGCAGUGAGCGCGCUGGAGCAGUUCAGUCAGAGUCCGGCUGCUGCUGCUGAACGUGGAGUUUUGUGUCCUCGCGUGGUGGUCAGAGUGAUGAGGGACGCUCAAACCGACUCUCCCCGGAACCAGAACGCCGUUCUCACUUGGCCUCGAGACUCGCGCCACUAAUUAUCUGCGUCAUUGGAAGCAGCCGGGUCGAAGCACAGAGAGAACCGGGCCGGACGUGGCCCGCGGGUGGCUGCGCACCUCUUGAGUCAGUCUGCUGCGCCUCACUCCACCUGUCCAGCAUGUACAGCCUGAUGGAGCACGAGAUGAAGCCGGCCGGCCAGCCUCACCCUCAGCACGCGGCGCCGGGGAUGACCCCCGUGACCGGCGGCAUGACUUUGGGCGGCGGCACAAACCCUCACCCGAAAACGGCGUGCGCGCCCGGAAACGACCCCAUGGAUAAGGUGAAGAGACCUAUGAACGCCUUCAUGGUCUGGUCUCGGGGGCAGCGGAGAAAAAUGGCCCAGGAAAACCCCAAGAUGCACAACUCUGAGAUCAGCAAGCGGCUGGGCGCAGAGUGGAAACUCCUCAGCGACGCGGAGAAGCGUCCCUUCAUCGACGAGGCCAAGCGGCUGCGCGCCGUGCACAUGAAGGAGUACCCGGACUACAAGUACAAGCCGCGCCGCAAAACCAAGCCGCUGCUGAAGAAGGACGCGCCGGGGGCCAAGUACCCGCUGUCCGCCGGGAACCUGCUGGCCGCCGCCGCGCAGGGUCAGGGCGCCAGCCCGCGCAUGGAGAGCUACGGCUGGGGCCCCGCCGGCGGCUACAGCGGCAUGCAGGGCGACGCGCUGGGCUACUCCCAGCCGCUGCACCGGUACGAGCUGUCCGCCCUGCAGUACCCGCCGGCCAUGACGGCCGCGCAGACAUACAUGGGCGGGGCCAACUCCUACAGUCCCAUGACAUACAGCAGCCCUCAGCAGCCCAGCCCGGUCACCAUGUCCAUGAUGAAGGCGGAGCAAGUGUCUCACUCACCCUCAGCGGGGACACCCACUCAUCACCGAGGAGCACUACAGGGCGACCUGAGGGACAUGAUCAGCAUGUACAUCCCUGCGACCGGAGGGGACGCCUCGGACGCGGCGGCGCAGCAGCGGGGAUAUGCCGGUGUCCAGCAGCACUACCUCUCCGGGACCGUCCCGCUCACGCACAUCUAGGGCUGAGCCGGGACAGAGGGAGGUCACGAUGAUCAGGGGGCGAAGCCUUUAGGUGGCAGCUCAGACUUAUGGUGUGCAGAGGAAGCGUGUUUGUGAUCGUGCACACGUAUGAGGGGUUCGGGACACUCCAAGGUGCCUACCAGUCUGUUUCUCAUCUGCAGUGAGUGAAGAAACAUUGCAGCUGCACAUCUGCUGCCGCCCCCUGCAUUCCAUCUGCGCAUCUGCCCCCUACAUUGUACCUGCGCAGCUGCCUCUGAACCCCCUGCAUUCCGUCUGCGCAUCUACUGCUGCCCCCUGCAUUCUACCUGCGCAGCUGCCUCUGAACCCCCCUGCAUUCCGCCUGCGCCGCUGCAACUAGCCCCUGCAUUCCGUCUGUGCAUCUGCUGCUGCCCCCUGCAUUCUACCUGCGCAGCUGCCACUGACCCCCUGCACUCCGUCUGCACAGUCGCUGUUUCCUGCUGCACAGCUGCAGCUGACCCCGUAUUCUUCCUGCGCAGCUGUUCCUGACCCCUGGAUCAGACCUUCACAGCUGUUGCUGACCCCUGAAUCGCUGCUGCCACUGACCCCUGGAUCACACCUGCGCACCUCCUGCUGACCCCAUCAUCACACCUGCGCAGCUGCUAACGACCUCUGCAUCACACCUGCCCAAUGUUGCUGACCCCGCUGCACCCCACCUGUACAGCUGCUGCUGACUCCAGACCUGUUGAACUGGCUCAGCUUCCAUCAGACACCAGCUGAACGGAGGACCCGAAGCAGAAUCUUCUGGUCCGUCCCGUCACUAAGUUCAGUUGUGGUUCUGAGAUGUCGGGCCUCAGAUUCUGCUGCCUGUGGCAGCUUAAUUUGUCCCAGUGAUCUUAGAUCAGAUCUCAUUCGUGGAUGAGCUGUUUGUUGCUCCUGUCAGUGGUUUGUUUUUUACCUGGAGAUCACGGUACAGGUGUUUUAUUGAAUGUUUUGACUCGGCAGAGUUGUUUUAUCUCGAUUCUGGAUGUUUAGUUUUUGUUUAUGUUGCUGCCUUCCUCAGAUUGACGGACUUUGUGUGUAGCUCGCUGAAAGCAGCUCUGACUGCCCGACACUUCUCUCUCCAGCUGAAACGUUGCUGGAAGCCUUUGAGUGUUACCCUGAUGUUUUCUGAAUGUUUCUUUUGUUAUGGACACUUUCAUAUGGAGGUUUUUAGUGUUUUACCCAGACAUUUUUGUUCUUUUUCUAAUGCUGCAUGUAGAGUUACAGGAAGUUGUAAAUACUGUUCAUACUUUCAGGCUCUGCCUGGAGAUCUUUGAUAAACUCGUAUUAAUAAAUUCCUACAGUUUUUCACAAAUGAA